GCCUUAAAACAAAACAUGACUACUUUGCACAAUCGCGUGAACGAAUUGGGCGUCUCUGAGCCCGUGAUUCAGCAGCAAGGCACGGACCGCAUUGUGGUGCAACUGGCCGGGGUGCAAGAUGUGGCGCGGGUGGAGCAAAUUUUGGGUCGUAUUGCCACGCUGGAAGUGCGCAUGGUGGAUGAGUCGGCUGAGGGGCAGGCGGCGGAAUUGAGUGGCGGCGAUGUGCCCGCUGAGUCAGAACGAUUUUUUGAUAAGGACAAGCGUCCUAUUAUUGUGCAGCGCACGGUCUUGUUCACGGGCGAAAAUUUAACCGAUGCGCAAGCGGGCUUUGAUCAAAACCAAAUGCCUUCGGUGAAUCUUGCGCUAGAUGCCAAGGGAGCGGAUAUUUUUCAACAGGUCACGGGUGAGAAUAUUGGUAAACGCAUGGCCAUCUUGUUGUUUGAAAAAGGCAAAGGGGAGGUCGUGACUUCUCCCGUUAUCCGUGACCGCAUCAGUGGCGGGCAUGUGCAAAUUACGGGCGGCUCUAUGACGGCCGUCGAAGCGGCAGAUACGGCCUUAUUGCUGCGCGCGGGCUCUUUGGCGGCACCGAUGGAAAUUAUUGAGCGCCGCAUCAUUGGCCCGAGCUUGGGUGAACAAAAUAUCGCCUCCGGCUUUAACAGCGUGAAAUAUGGUUUUUUGGCGGUGGCCUUUUUUAUGUGCGUGUACUACGCGAUGUUUGGCCUAUUUUCCACGCUCGCCUUGGGUUUUAACCUUUUGAUGUUGGUGGCGGUAUUGUCCAUGAUGCAGGCUACGCUUACCUUGCCUGGUAUGGCGGCGAUGGCCCUGGUGCUGGGUAUGGCCAUUGAUGCCAACGUACUGAUUAACGAGCGCAUCCGAGAGGAGUUGCGCAACGGGCAAGGCCCUCAAAAGGCGAUUGCCGCUGGCUAUGAGCGUGCCUGGGCAACGAUAUUCGACUCCAACAUCACGACCUUAAUUGCGGGGCUGGCUUUGCUGGCCUUCGGUUCUGGUGCGAUACGUGGUUUUGCUGUGGUGCAUUGUUUGGGCAUAGUGACCAGCAUGUUCUCGGCCGUAUUUUUCUCACGGGCUUUGGUGAACUUGUGGUACGGGGGCAAGAAGAAAUUGCAAAAGCUCUCCAUCGAGUUUACGGGCGGUACUUUGGUAGAGGCUGCGUAUAGCCAGCCUGCCAAUCUAGAGGCUAUUCGCGGCGUUGUUGGUGGGCUCGGUUACAAAGACAUCCAGGUGCAAAACUUUGGCUCCUCGCAAGACGUGCUGAUCCGUUUGCCAGUUAAAAAGGGCUUGUCUUCUGCGCAGCAGAGCCAGGAGUUGCUGACCCAAUUAAAGGCUCAAACGCCGGAUGUGCAAAUUAAGCGCAGCGAGUUUGUGGGCCCCUCGGUGGGCGACGAGCUUUUCAGCAAUGGCUUGAAGGCGUUGGCUUUUGUGAUAGCCGGUAUCGUGGUGUACUUGGCGAUACGCUUUGAGUGGAAAUUUGCUGUUGCGGCCAUCAUUGCAAACUUGCACGACGUGGUGAUCAUUUUGGGCUUCUUCGCCUUUUUUCAGUGGGAGUUCUCGCUGUCCGUUUUGGCGGCUGUACUGGCGGUUUUGGGCUACUCGGUCAAUGAAUCUGUG